CAGAGCUGAGACUGCAUGGAACAGCACUUCAGUUUAUUUACGAUGCAUUUCUGAUUUCCGUGAUAUGGGAUUUUGCACAUUUUAAACUUUCGUUUAUGUUUAGUGAUCCGCGUUUGCGUUUUUAACAAUACUUUUUUUUCUAUUUUUGUUGUUUUAUUUUUCCUUUUUAAUAUGAUCCAUGGCGCACGGGUAUUAAACUCUGCGAGCUGAUGUAUUUUAUAAUGUCUUGUGUGGGCAUGUAGAGGAUUAAGGAAUAAUAAUUAUACUAAUAAUAAAAAUAAUUCUUCGCGCAGCGGCAUGGACGCGCCGGGUGGCAUGGACGCGCCGGCGGUCUCCUACUCGUCCUCGUCCGCAAACUCCUCGUGGGAGUCGGGAACGCGCUACUCGCGGACAGCAGCGGCGGGGCUCGCAGCUCUCGUCGCCUUCCUCAUCGUUUUCACAGUGGUGGGAAAUGCGCUGGUGAUGCUCGCAGUGUUAACAAGCCGUGCGCUUCGUGCGCCACAGAAUCUGUUCCUGGUGUCUCUGGCUGCGGCGGACAUCCUGGUGGCGGCGCUCGUCAUGCCUUUCUCGCUCGCUAACGAGCUGAUGGGAUACUGGCACUUUGGGCGUGCGUGGUGCGGUGCAUACCUGGCGCUAGACGUGCUCUUCUGCACCGCCUCCAUCGGGCACCUGUGCGCCAUCAGCCUGGACCGCUAUUGGUCAGUCACGAGUGCCGUCCAAUACAACAUGAAGCGAACACCUAGCCGCAUCAAGGCUGCCAUACUGGCCGUGUGGCUCAUCUCUGCCCUGAUAUCCUCGCCGCCGCUUUUCUCUGUGAUGGACGAUGGGUUGGCAGAGGGCACAGGGCAGCUUCCACAGUGCCAACUCAAUGAUGACACUUGGUACAUUUUAGCCUCCAGUUCUGCAUCCUUCUUCGUGCCAUGCAUCAUCAUGAUCCUUGUCUACAUUCGCAUUUACAGGGUGGCCAAGACAAGAACAAGGACUGCUUCAGAGAAAAAGCCAAGCCUAGACACUGAUAACGGCGUUAGCAUUGCCACAUCAGUGGUGAGGAUGAAUGGCGAGAGAGAGAACGGGCACUGUCCAGGGACACCAGGCAUGAAUGCAGAUCCACGACCAUCAAUCCAGGCAGAGCCAGAACCCACCUCAACUUUAGAGGCCAAAAGCUGGAAGGAAAAAGAUACAACACCAAGCAGAAGCCAGGAAGGCUCAAAACGUGGGUCAUCAUUGGCAUCACUGGCAUCAGAGACCAGCAGGCGGGCAUCCCGUGCCAGCAGCAAGACACGGGAUUUGUUCUCAUCUCGGAGAAUGUCGAGUGGACGAAGGAAGACCAGCGGUGGCGGCAGCAUAAGGAGAAGAAGGGCAUCUCAGGUGCGUGAGAAGCGCUUCACCUUCGUGCUAACUGUGGUGAUGGGUGUCUUUGUGCUCUGCUGGUUCCCUUUCUUUUUUAGCUACAGCUUAUAUGGUGUAUGCCGCCAGGCGUGCCACAUUCCUGACCUCCUCUUCAAGUUUUUCUUCUGGAUCGGUUACUGCAACAGCUCUCUAAACCCUGUCAUCUACACCAUCUUCAACCAGGAUUUCAGAAGGGCUUUCCAAAAGAUCCUCUGCUCACCCUGGAAAAAAUCCUUCUAGAACUUUGCACACUGCAGAUCACCUUAAGCUCUACAAGCUUGAGAGAAAUUAUUUCACAGAAAUGGCCACCAUCAAUAAAAAAAAUUUCAUGGAUGCUUUCUGAACACUGGAUGAUGUGUAAUUUUUUCACGUUCUCUGAUAAUUAAAUUUGAAAGAGACAGCUGGAAUAUAUUAGUGAAAAGCAAGUCAGACGGUCUUCUGCCGGUUAGGAAGUGAAUCAUAAAGAUGUGUAAUAAGAAUUGAUUCUCUGGUUGUUGGAGAAAAAAAUAGAGGUGAGCUGCUGGCUACUGGCACAGAAAAAGCAAAGCAGCAGCAUGAGAGUGUGUAUGCACUGCUAGUUGUAAAUUUACAGAUGUAUUUAUUUUUUAU